AUGCCGAAAGAUGACAAGACCUUUCACGUAGAGCUCGCAAGACUCUUGUAUGAAGACUGUCUGUCAGAAAACGCCAGUGCUGGGAACUCGACUUUCGAGACAAACAUAGAGCUCCUAUGCUUCGUUGAAGUUUUGACUCAGACUGGGAAUUCUUCCGAGGCCAGAAAGCGGGUGGUGGGUCGGCAAACACAGUCUCGAGAAGAAUCCGGUCGAGAAGGUAGAGAAGCCAUCGAGGGACCGAGUCCAUGGCAAUUCUGGCACCGGAUCCUUCGCGGCUUCGCCAAUGAAGAUAACGAAGUGGAAUUGUUGGAAACGUAUAAACUAGCCACGGAGGCCGGAUUGGCCGACAACCAUCGAUUUCAGGACAUCAUGGUCUCGUUUUAUGCGGCAAAGGAUGAUAUUGCAACUACCAAGCAAUGGUACGAGAAACUAAUGCCAACAGGCGAUCGUGCAGCUCCGUCUGUACCAACACUGGAGACGAUUCGAAGGCUUUGCAUUCGGAAUGACGAGUUAAGCUGGUGCAAGGACAUUUUUCGAGAUCUUCUCGCGAAGGAACCAACAAAGCAGAUAUGGGACGUUGUCCUCCAAUGGGCAGCUGGCGUCUGGGGAAAAGGUGUUGAAGACGUUGAAGGAAUGAUGGAAGUAAUGAUUCGACGAAACCCAGACGAUGAAGCCACUCAGCCCGAUGCUGAAACUAUCAAUGGCCUGGUUGAACUUGCAAUGUCUUUCAACGAUGCUUAUCUCGCCGAGCGAUACAUAAGUGUCGGGCUUAAAUUUGGCAUUCGUCCAAACGCCAAGACGUAUGCUCUACAAAUGAGCUACAGGGCUGAUGCGAAUGAUUUUCGAGGUGCUCAAGCUGCAUAUGAGUUAUUGCAAGGAGAAGAAAUCAUCAACAAUGAAGACCUGCCUGCUAUCAACAAGUACAUUCGCGCACUCUGUUCCGCCAAGAAUGUAGAUUAUCACCGGAUCGUAUCCAUCACGUCUGAUCUAUCGGAGCGUGAAAAACGCCUCGAAGCCGACACAGUGCGUGCUCUCGCGAAACUGUAUCUGUCACGAGACGAAAAGGAUGAUCUUAUUGACUUGAUCCAAUCAGAAUCGUACCACUAUACUGCUGAAGAGCGGGCUUCAAUCAAAGAGGUAUUCCUGGAUUUCUGUCUCUCGCCUGAGACGAGCACGAUGCGUUCUUGGACUGCGUAUACCCUUCUACAUCCUUUAUUCGAUGAGACUACUGUGGCCGAGCGUACCCUUCUCAUGAGCGAGUUCUUUUCUCGAGGCCGUUGUGACAUGGCGUCGUACGUAUUUGGACAUAUGCGAGCCCAUAAUAUGCCAGACCGCCGUCCAGUACUGGAUACAUACGUCAAGUGUUUCUUAGGUAUCGCUUCUUGUGCCGAUCAAGAAGCCUUAGAUAUGGUUCACAAUAUGCUUAAAAUGGACUCAAAUAUCGAGCCUACCACUGCCCUUUAUAACAGUCUAAUGCUAGCAUACACUGCGUGCGAGGAUGCAGACAAGGCACUCGAUUUCUGGGACGACAUCACAAAUUCAAACGAAGGCCCAAGUUAUCGAAGCUUGGAAAUCGUGUUCUGGGCUUGUUCACAGAAGCCCUUUGGGGAUGUGAGGGCAAGGGAGAUCUGGGGAAAGAUGAGGAAAAUGGAGAUUGAGGUCACGGGGAAGGUGUUUUCGGCUUAUGUUGGAGCAUUAGCAGGGCAAGGCAAAUUGGAUGAGGCCAGAGAGGUCUGUGAGCAGGUACCUGGAGAGCUGGGGCUAAGUGUUGAUGUUCUCACACUGGGCACAUUCUACAACGCCAUCCCAGGUCAGAACCGCAAAGACUUGGUUGAGGAGUGGGCGAAGGGCAAGUACCCUGAAGCUUGGAAGGAGCUUGAGAAGCUGGGUCGAACAGAGCAAGAAGAGGGCCACAUGCUGUUCAACAUGAAGAGAGAAUUCAAGGCUUAA